AAUACUUGAUUUCAGAUCUGAAUAUGGUGACUUCUUAAUCAAGUUCUUCCAUAGUUGGCGACUAUCCAAUGAGUCUUGGACAUUAUUCCACGCAACAUGUAUAAUCUAAACUUUUAAAAUUUCUUUUUUAUGCUCUGAGUUUGGAUAAGGAUCAGUUUUAGAACAUAUCUUUCUAUAUUAUAUAAAUAUGAAGUAGGGUUAUGUACCCAUUAUAAAUAUGCACUUUGUGCAUCCAUUGUUUUUAUACGUUAUGAUGUGAUUGUUUUACCUUUUUUCGGUCAAUAUUAUCCUCACCGUUUAAACCUUCUAUCAAUUUUAGAAGUGAAGCAACAUUGGUGUGGUCUGAACUCUGAGACAGUCACAAGGUUUCAUUUUGAGGAUGAGGAAGCAACAGGGAUCCACCUAUGUCAUACAAUCUGAGUUUCUCUCCAUCAUUCUCAUUCUACAAUCAACUCUUCCAAUCAGAAGAAGAUCCUUCACUUCCCUUUCAGAAGGUCCUACAAGGAGGAAUAUGUCUUUUUCUGAUGACCAAAAGAAAUAGGGGUAAUCCAUGCAAGACGUUAUAAUACAAAAAAGCAGGAGAAGAUGACAUGUUCAGAUUCUCCCUUCAAGCAAGGCAAGGCAUUCUUGAAAAGCACAAUCAGUGGUCAUCAGAAUUUUUCACUUCAUGCGUUAAAGAUUGCCGGCAUUAGCAAACAAGGGAAACAAAAGUUGAUUCAUCAGGAACAGAGGUAUGCCGGAAACGCGAAGUCAAAAGUCAAAACGUGAAAGAUUAGAUCAAAGAAACUUCAGGCGCAGAUUAGCUUACAACGAAAAAGCAAUUGAGGCAGAAGCAGCAACAAACCUACACACUGAAGAAGUCCCGCAAAAGAAACCUCGAGGAUGACCACGAAACCAAUCAAAACAAACAACAGAAGGAUCAUCAUCAGGAAACACCCAGCCAACUCUCGCAAGAGAGAUAAACUCGUACAGCAACACAGAGCAUAUUGCUACAUACCAGUUACAGGCGGCGCCAGACUGCGUGUACUGUGGAGCGCAACCUUGAAGGAUAUGAACACUACUGACGAGUUUAGCGUUAUUCUGAAAACAAAUCCGUCACUAGACCAAAGAGUAUGCAAUAUGCCUACAACAUCACAAGUUGCAGCCAUUUGGGUAGAAGAAGAUGCAAACGGUGUCAGUGAGAAUAGGCAUAUUCGGGUCUAUGCAAAAGGUGGCCGUUCACAAACCAUUCAAUAUUAUUACAGCUGCUAUGACCCUCUGCAGUAUCCAUUGUUAUUCCCCUAUGGCGAAAUGGGGUGGCAUGAAGGCAUAGAGAAAGUAUGUCGUAAUCUCUCCACUGUGACAAACAAAGCCUCCAUAAACAUAAAUAUCACAUCCACUAAUAUUGGAAGCCUCACCGACCUCAUUGAAGCUGAAGAAGACCAAUUCAACAAUGGUCAGGAAAAGAAAAACACAGUUUCAUGCCGUGAGUAUUAUGCAUACAAACUACAAAUGCGGCCUAACAAUGAGUCAUUCCUACUACACACAGGGAGACUACUACAGCAAUUCGUGGUUGAUAUGUAUGUGAAAUUGGAAACACAACGCUUGGACUACUUUCGUAACAAGAAAAAAAACAAGCGUACAAGUACACUAAAUGAUGUUGUAGAAAGCAUUGAGAUGGGACUAGAGUUUGGUGAAGAACUUGGGAAACGAGUUGUGCUACCAUCAGUAAAGUACCUUUAUAAGUACAUCUAUAAAGGUCACGAUAGAAUUGGGUUCAACAUGCAACAACCUGAAAAUGAGGUCAUCGAUGAAAUCACUAACUUCCAAAAAGGCCGAUGGGUUUCACCACCGGAGGCAAUGUGGCGAAUAUAUGGGUUCACAAUGUCAGAGAUAAAACCAGCAGUGAUACAUCUAUCAGUUCAUUUGCCAAACCAUUAAUAUCUCAACUUCUAUGGGAACCAAAGGGUAAAACAAAUCAUUGCUGGAGAUAUAAGUACGCGCACCAUGCUCACGCAAUUCUUCCACAUGAACACCCAUAACGAAGUUUCACGACAACUAAAUCUCUCUUAUAUUGAAUUCCCAGAAUACUUUGUGUGGCACACCCAACAAAGACUUUGGACCCAAAGAAAAAGCAAAGACGUGG